AUGUCCCCUUCCUGCUCAAAUACGGCACAACUCGGUGUACGUCUGAAACGAUAUUUAUCGACUCAUCUGUCCUACAGAACCCGCCGAAUACGCUGCGACGAGACAUGGCCCUCCUGCAAGCGUUGUACCAGCACAGGCCGUCGCUGCGAUGGCCCUUCUCUUACACAAACUAGCCCAGUGGCACUUUCAUUCGCUGAGACAUGGACAUUGACGUCCACGGUGAGAGUGCGCCAACUCCCCAGGUUAUGGGAAGAAAGCGAACAGGACGCUCGGUACGUGCAAUACUUUAUCGAGUGCCUCUGCCGGGACGUACCCAGCGGCGGCGGCGAAUACUCGCACUGGCGACCUCUCAUGAUCCAAGCCAUGCACCAGGAGGUUGCUGUUCGUCGAGGUGUUGUCGCACUUGGCGCGCUUAUGCAGGAACGACUAGCGCACGGUUCAGUGAGGAUACAUGGGUUCGAUGCGCCUCCUCGAAGCGGACGAUAUCUGUUCGGGCUGAAAAAGUACGGCAGAGCGUUGGCUUCCUUGCAGGAAUUGGUCAAGGAUAUGGGGAAUGACAGGUAUCUCACGCAGGUGGCCCUGCUCUGCGGAAUUAUCUGUAUAUGGUUCGAGAUUCUCAUGCGGGAUUAUCUUGCCGGGUUGAGCCACCUGGAGAUGUGCUUGAAGAUCGUCCGCACUGCAGGUCCAUUGGGGAAUGUCGACUCGGAUAUCCAAAGAGCAUAUGCGCGGAUGGACAUGCAAGCGUCGUUGUACGUCGGGAUCCGCGCCCCCGUCACCGUCCCCGAAGAAAUGUCCCCGAUCCCCUACGUCUUCGACUCGUUCAGCCAGGCCGAAACCUGCCUGAUGGAGGAGUACGCCCGAGUCGUCCACUUUUACCGUAAUGAAGGCUACGUCUAUCGUACAAAUCAACCAGAUGGUGUUCCGCUGGAGCUAGUUGCGUACACACAGACCCUGCAAGCGCGUCUUGAGCUCUGGAAGUCGGCAUUCGGCUACUCGUAUUCGUGUCAGAAGGCGCAAGGGAGUCCGCAGACUUCUGCGCGUGCUUCUCUCCUGCUCAUUCAAUAUUACAUCGCGCUGAUCACCGCAUCUACGUCCGUCUACGCCGAGGAAACGCUGUAUGAUCGCUUUCUGUAUGCAUUCAAGCGGAUUCUUUCCCUGGUGAGAUCAUCCAACGCCUGCCAACAGAGCGCAGCUGCAACUUCGCUCGUCGGGGUUCCAAUGAAGAUGGGCGUCAUAUACCCGUUGUAUGUUGUCGCGACCAAAUGUCGAGACUCGGCGGUCCGGCAAGAGGCCAUCGACCUAUUGUCCUCAGCGCCAUAUCCGGAUGUAGUCUGGGAGGCGCCUAUACUGGCGGCAGUGUCACGGAGGGCGAAGGAAAUCGAGGAGCUGGGUCUAGACGGAAACGAGCCGAUUCCAGAGUUCAAGAGGCUUCAUGGCCUCGGGUGGGCAAUUGAUUAUGAAAGUCGCCAAGUGAGUGUGGAAUUCCGUAGACGGUCCAACGGAAUGGACGGGGAGUGGGACGAAUGGAAUGAAUGCCUUAGCUGGUAG